AUGGAUCCUCCUGACAGGCAAGAUGAAACACUCCAGACAUACGAGUCCAACCUCCCCUUGCCUUUGAGAGCGGAUGUAGAUGACCACAUUUACGAGGAGCUUGACCAGCUUCGUGAAAAGGAUGAGGAACUUUUGUGUGAGACCUCCUGCGCUGAGUUUAUCUUCCUGCCUGAACCUCAGCCACAGCCUCCGGGUCAUCUCUCGGCUGGAGGCACUGAGAUCACUGACCAGCACAACACAACUAGGCUUCGCCCAGUCCGCAAGCCUCCACCUCCACCCAGAACCAGGCCUCAGCCCUGGGUGGAAGAUAGACAAGGCCUUGCGGCCCCCCCUGUGCCCACUAGGAGACUCAGAAAGCAGUUUUCCUGUGACCCGGAACGGAAGCCUGUUCCAAAAUACGUCCGAUCCAUGACGGAAAUAGACCCUCAUAGAUGCCUAAGUUUGUUUUUACUUUCACAUCAGGAGCUCUGGACAAUCAAACUUAUCGACACUCCACAGGGCAGCACCAGGAGGCUUUCCUCUCUCUGUGAGGCAACUUCAAAGCUGAUGUCACGGCACAAAUUCAAUGACGGCGUUCAUAACUCCGGCGUGUUGUGGGGUCGAGUGCUGCAGGUCCACCCGGCCCUGCUGCAGGAGGUGGAGGUGACGGUCAGCGUGGCCACAGAGUGGGGCACUAACCAGAUCCCCCUCCCCACCACAGUGAACAGGACAGUGAAGAGUCUGAUCGAUGAAAUCUUCCAGCUGCUGGACCUCACUCCAGCCACAAGUGGGCAACACCUUCUAAAACUGUGUGACUCCGAGGAGUAUCUGCGAAAUGACGAGCUGCUGGGUAUGCACGACACUAUUCAGAUCUACUCCAAGCUCAAACUGGAGGUCCCCAUGCGACUGCUCCACGUGAACAACCUCAAACACAGUCUGUGUAGGGAUGGGGCAGACGACAGGAGCCCGUGCCAGCUGUACCAGUCCCUGCGUCCUCCCUGUCUCUUCGACACCUGCAAGUUGAGCCUGCAGGAUGUGAUCAGCAACUACAACAGAGAGGUGACAGAGAUCAUGACGAAUAAGACUGGGAUCAACACCUUUGUGCUUUUGGGUCGAGUUUACACCAUCACUAAUCUUCUGUGUGGACUCUCAUGUGAGGAGCUGGAGGACAUCAUGAGCUGGCUCAACAGACUCGGCCCCACAUGGCUGAGUCCUGAUGAGAUUGAAAGUGCGGUGCUCAUGCUGCGGGCGGCGCUGCUCAAAGUGCUGCAGAUCUUUUUUGACAGCUUCCAGUCAGACUUCAGAGGUCAGGAGGUCACCAGCAACCUGCAAACACGUGAUGUGGAGGACCACGGUGACAUCUGCCAGUUCAACAUCGCUGCUCUCUACAAACUGCAGCAGUCCUGGCUCAACACGUAUGACCACUUCUCUAUUUCCUGUGAGUUGAUGUACAGAGGAGUGAAGAUCUGCGACACCGGUGUUUCUGAACACAUCAGCACGGCCUUGUCGUAUGGAAACAAGAUCCAGUGUAACCGCAUGAUGGUGUUCCCUGUUCCAGUGAAGGAGCUGCCCUAUGAGAGCAUGUUGACGUUUCACUUCAAAGGCUCAAAGAAAGGAAAGAACCCUGAGCUCCUCGGCUGGGCCGUAUUACCUCUCUACACCAACAGGACUUUGGUUACAGGGACCGUCCUGCUCAGUCUGUCCACGCUGGCCUGGACGCCGGCUCCUCCCUCCCCUGCCCUGUUCGACAGUCACACUCAACCUGCUGGGGUCAUACUGCAGCUCGAGUUUCCAAAUCAGUUCAAGUGGACAUAUCAGAGGCCCAUCGCACUGCCUGGUUCGGUCAUGUUCACUCAGCCUUGUGAGGAGCUGCAGAAGAAGAUGCUGGACGUCUCGAGGAAGCACUUCCUCUGUUUUCUAACAGAAAAUGAGAAAGGUUUCCUGUGGGAGAAGCGAGACUGUGGAGACAAAAGCAACACGUUCCUCCACCUGAUGCUGGGCGGAGUUCUCCAGUGGAAGCCUGAAUACUUGACAGAGAUCUAUACUGUAGUAGAGAACUGGCCCAUUCAUCUACCUGAGGAGGCGCUCUUCCUGCUCAGUGACAGUUUCCAUGAUCAGACUGUGAGGGGAGCUGCGGUUCAGUACUUUGAUCAGAUAUCUGAUGGAGAACUGGAGAUGUUUCUGCCUCAGCUGGUCCAGGCUCUGAAGAGUGAGUGGGAGUUGGAGGGACCUCUGGUGAUGCUGCUGUUGGAGAGAUCACUGAGGAACAUCCGAAUCGCCCAGCAACUCUACUGGCUGCUGGAGGACGCUCAGACUGACCCUUACUACCAGAGUUGGUACAAUAAGAUUCAGGCGGCGCUGUUGCACUGCUGUGGCCGGACACUGAGGCAGGAGCUGGAGCACGAAACCCACCUGGUGUCCGAGCUGGUGCAGAUGGCUGACAGGGUCCGCAACGCUGACAAGUCUCGACGUAAGAAUGUUCUGAAUGCAGAAAAGAUGAAAUUUAUAAACCUCUUCAAAGACGGGAUCAGCUUUUGUCUGCCCCUGGAUCCUGCCGUCCGUGUGAAGGCGGUGGACGUGGAUGCCUGUAAGUUCUACAACUCCAACGCUGCUCCUCUGGGGAUCACCUUCGUCUGCACCGACCCUCUGGCCAAGAACGUCGGUGUCAUCUGCAAGACUGGAGAUAACCUGCGUCAGGACAUGCUGGUGCUUCAGAUCGUCCGUGUGAUGGACAGGCUUUGGCUCCAGGAGGGACUGGACCUGCAAAUGAUCACCUACAAGUGUCUGUCCACAGGCCCAGCUCAGGGUCUGGUGGAAGUGGUUCCGGACGCAGUGACCCUGGGGAAGAUUCACCAGGAGUGGGGUCUGAGUGGGACACUACGGGAGGACACGCUGGAGAAGUGGUUCCACAUGUGGAACAAAACCAAAGAGGACUAUGAAAAGGCUGUGAUGAACUUCAUCCACUCGUGCGCAGGCUGGUGCGUGGCCACGUUCAUCCUGGGGAUCUGUGACCGUCACAACGACAACAUCAUGUUGAAACCCAGCGGACACAUGUUCCACAUUGACUUCGGCAAGAUUAUGGGGAAUGCCCAGAAGUUUGGAACCUUUAAAAGGGACCGCUCUCCAUUCAUCUUUACAUCUGAGAUGCAGCACUUCAUCACAGGGGGGGGGCAGAAGCCUCAGCGCUUGCAUCGCUUCGUGGAGCUCUGCUGUGAAGCUUACAACAAAAUCAGACGGCGAUCGGCACUGAUUCUCAGCCUGUUGGAGCUGAUGCUACAUGCUGGAAUGCCAGAACUGAAGGACAACAAUGACCUGCAGUACGUCCAGAACAACCUCAGACCUCAUGACACCGACCUGGAGGCCACAUCCUACUUUACGAAGAAGAUCAAGGAGAGCAUAGGCUGUGUUGCAGUCAAGUUUAACUUCCUGACACACAACAUGGCCCAAGGGAAGAAGCAAGAACCUCUAACCAGGGACGGCAUCCCGGCUCCCAGCACCAACAUCCAAGAAGCUGUCAUCCAAGGAUACACAGACAAGGACAAAGAUGUGAUGUAUAGCCUCAGAGUAACCAUCGAUGAUGGUUUUCUGACCAGUGAGAAGACGUUCGCCCAGCUUGAGCUGAUCCAUAAGCAGCUGCAGAAAUACUUCAUUGAAUCAAUGCUGCCCAAUUUUCCGAGCAGGUAUAUUCCGUCCGCCACCACCAGGAAGAUGUCUCUGCUGAAUAAGUACCUGAAACAGCUUUUUGAGGGACCAUGCAAGGGAAAUGAGUUUGUGUGCAGCUUGUUCCUGGACGGCCCCGGCAAUGUCCAAGAAAUUGAUCCGACCGGAGCCACGCCUCAGAUCCAGCUCUACAUUUCUUAUGUUAACUCUAAGCUCUCGGUUUUGGUAAAACACCUGAAGAACCUUAAACAUGCAAACGGCUCUAACCCCGACGCCUACGUGGUUAUGCGCCUGCGACCGGACCCUCAGCGGCGCUCCAAGAGGAGGACAAAGGUGGUCCGCAACAAUGAUAACCCCACUUUCAAUGAACUGCUGGAGUACAACUCUGUUCCGCUGCUGUAUGGGAUGGUGCUGGAAGUGACGGUGAAGAGCAAGAAGACGUUGGUGGCUGCGACCAACAUCAGACUGGAGGACAAGUUCCUGGACAAGAAAACCUGGUUUCCCCUUGGGAACUGUACAGUCUGA